AUCCGCCCCCUGCCUCAUCCAGGCUUCGCCCCCGUCAGUCUCCGGCAGCUUCUCGCGGCUUAGCAAGCCGCUUCCCGUGAUGCCUCGCGCCUGGGUGUAGCGGUUGCCGGGCAACGCGCGGUCCCUGGCGCGGGCGUAGCUGGGGCCCGCUGGAAGAUGAGGCCGCUAGGCCUCCGGCCGCUCUUGGUGGUACUCCUGAGCUGCUGGGCCUCCGUGAGCGCCCAGACCGAGGCCACCCCGGCGGUGACGACAGAGGGCCUCAACUCCACCGAGGCAGCCCUGGCGACUUUCGGACCUUUCCCGUCGACCAGGCCCCCCGGUACUCCUAGAGCACCAGGGUCCUCCUCCGGCCCCAGGCCUACCCCAGUCACGGACGUUGCUGCUCUGUGUGUCUGUGACUUGUCCCCAGCACAGUGUGACGUCAACUGCUGCUGUGAUCCUGACUGCAGCUCUGUGGAUUUCAGUGUCUUUUCUGCCUGCUCAGUUCCAGUUGUCACGGGUGACAGCCAGUUUUGUAGUCAAAAAGCAGUCAUCUAUUCAUUGAAUUUUACAGCAAACCCACCUCAAAGAGUAUUUAAACUUGUUGAACAGAUUAGUCCAUCUAUUUUCUGCAUUCAUAUUACAAACUAUAAGCCUGCAUUAUCCUUUAUUAAUCCAGAAGUACCUGAUGAAAAUAAUUUUGAUACAUUGAUGAAAACAUCUGAUGGUUUUACACUGAAUGCUGAAUCAGAUAUUUCCUUCACAACCAAACUGGAUAUUCCUACUACUGCUAAAUAUAAGUAUGGGGUUCCUCUGCAGACUUCAGAUUCGUUUCUGAGAUUUCCUUCAUCCCUGACAUCAUCUCUGUGCACUGAUAAUAACCCUGCAGCGUUUCUGGUGAACCAGGCUGUUAGGUGCACCAGAAAAAUAAAUUUAGAACAGUGUGAAGAAAUUGAAGCCCUCAGCAUGGCUUUUUACAGCAGCCCGGAAAUUCUGAGGACACCUGAUUCAAGAACAAAGGUCCCUAUCACUGUUCAGUCCGUCCUCAUUCAGUCUCUAAAUAAAACACUCACCCGACGGGAAGACACUGAGGUGCUACAGCCGGCUCUCGUCAAUGCUGGACACUUUCACCUUUGCAUGAAUGUUGUUCUUGAGGUAAAAUACAGCCUCACAUACACAGAUAGAGGUGAAGUCACCAAAGCUGAUCUGUCAUUCCUUCUGGGGACAGUUAGCAGUGUAGUGGUCCCACUGCAGCAAAAGUUUGAAAUUCAUUUUCUUCAGGAAAAUACCAAGCCAGUCCCUCUCAGUGGAAACCCUGGUUAUGUCGUGGGGCUCCCGUUAGCUGCUGGAUUCCAGCCUCAUAAGGGGUCUGGGAUUAUUCAGACCACGAACAGAUACAGACAGUUUACUAUUCUUCAUAGCACAGCUGAGCAAGACUGCUUAGCACUGGAGGGGGUCCGGACCCCAGUAUUAUUUGGUUACACUAUGCAAUCUGGCUGUAAACUAAGACUGACUGGAGCUCUCCCGUGUCGGCUCGUAGCCCAGAAGGUGAAGAACCUGCUGUGGGGCCAGGGCUUCCCAGAUUAUGUGGCCCCUUUUGGAAAUUCGCAGGCCCAGGAUGUGCUGGACUGGGUGCCCAUCCACUUCAUCACCCAGUCAUUCAACAGGAAGGAUUCCUGCCAGCUCCCAGGGGCUUUGGUUAUAGAAGUGAAGUGGACCAAAUACGGAUCCCUACUGAAUCCACAGGCCAAAAUAGUCAAUGUAACUGCAAAUCUAAUUUCAUCCUCCUUUCCUGAGGCCAGCUCAGGAAAUGAAAGGACGAUUCUUAUUUCUACUGCGGUUACAUUUGUGGAUGUGUCUGCACCUGCAGAGGCAGGCUUCAGAGCUCCGCCAGCCAUCAAUGCCAGGCUGCCCUUUAACUUCUUCUUCCCGUUUGUUUGACAAUGCUCAUAUGAAAGGAUGCAUCAAUUCCUUAAUAUACAUGUGAAAUUUGAAAACUGUACAUUCGAUGCGACUAAAUUUUAUAUACAACUAG